GGGCGGGGCCGGGAGCGUGACGUGGCAGGAUGGCGGAGCUGUACGUGAAACCGGGGAACAAGGAGCGAGGCUGGAACGACCCUCCCCAGUUCUCCUAUGGGCUGCAGACCCAGGCUGGGGGCCCCAAGCGAGCCCUGCUCACUCGCCGGGCGUUGGCCCCCGCCCACGGAGCCCGCUCAGGUGCUCCUCCUGACACCACCGCCCUGGCUGCUGCCACAGCCCUGCCUCCCAAAUCAUUGGGGCCACCCCCGCUUGGGCCUGUCAACCCUUCCUUGUGGACUGAGAGCGUGAGGCCAACUGUAGAGGAGCCCUUGGAGGACUGUGAUGUACCAGCAGAUGCUGUCCUCACUCCCCUGAGGGUGGCCCUAGAUGCCUGCCGGCCCACAGUGCAGAAACAAGUGUGUGAUGACAUUGGACGGCGGCUGAUGGUGCUUGGGGACACAUGGGCUCAGGGGAAGUUGUCAACUCCUGUGAGGAAGAGGAUGAGCCUCCUGGUGCAAGAGCUGCAGCAACACCACUGGGACACGGCUGAUGAGAUCCACCGCUCGCUUAUGGUGGACCAUGUGAACGAGGUGAGCCAGUGGCUGGUGGGUGUCAAACGCUUGAUCGCUGAGAUGAGGAACCUAUCUACCAUGAAGCUCACUGAACCCAGGAAUGAUGAGACUGAGACCGUGCCUGACCAGGAAGCUGCCUGAUGCUCGAGAGCAGGGCUGCAGACUAUGGGUAGGGCAGCCUGCAUUCAGGGCCACUGGCAGGAAAAGGAGCCCCUGGUGCCUGAGGAGGCCUGGGCGUCUCCUGCUGCUCCUAACUGACUCUCAGGAAAGGAGGAUUUUAUUCACCAUGACAUCUUAGUGGCGAUUCAUGACAUGAUGUUAAUAAAUAGCACCAAUCUGU